UGAGUGAACAACAUAAACAAAAAAAAAAAAAAAAAAUUUUUUUUUAAAAAUGUCUUUUUUCCAUGAGAAUUACGAAGAAUAUAAUAAAUGGAUAAAGUUUUUUAAGAAUGUUAAUUCGAUUCAUGGCAAUACUGGAAUUAACCAUUUUAAAGAUGAUUUUGGUAAAUUCUCUAUUUUUUACGAGUCAUUUAUCGCUGGUUUGUCAAGACAAUUUAAAGCAAUUGAUCGUGAUUUUCAUAAGUUUACUGAAACUAUAAAUGCUUUGAAAAGAGAAAAUAAAUUGGCUACUGAUCUAUUAAAGAAGGAAAAAGAUGAUAAAUCCGUUAUUGAGAAAGAGUUACAGUUGAAAGUAGAAGAAUUGGCUAAAGAACGUGCAAGCAAAAGGACAUAUGCUUCUGUCGUAUCAUCCAAUAAUAUACCAAUGCCAAAACCAGAUUUCGUAUGUAUUGUCGAUGCAGUGGACUCAUCAAUUAACGAUUCAAAACAAACUCUAUCUUAUCUUAAUAGUAAGCUAGAUUGCAAAAUGAUUGUUGAUAAUAAAAUCAAAAUAAUCAAACAAGUGCCGAUACGUAAUAAGAAAGUUUUGAUUAAAUGUCCUUCAAAGGCUGAUUGUACUGCUGUCGGUAACAUUAUUAAUGAUCUGAAUUGUGGUCUUAAGGCAAAAGUACCUGAAAAAAAGAAACCAAGAUUAUUGAUUCUAGGUGUGGAAAAAGAAAUCCUUGAGAAAGAUUUCAUCGAUAUUUUGACAACUCAAAAUAAUGAUAUUAAAAAUUGCUUACAAAAUGAAGGAGAAUCUAUUGAAGUGGUUAUUUCAAAAUCGGAUCGAAUUGGUACCAAUUUUUUUGUUCUUUCUGUAUCGCCAAAUAUAUAUCAUCUGUGCUUGCAAAUGGGACAAGUUUUUCUUGGCCAUAAAGUUUGCAAUGUUAAAAAAGGAAAUUAUGUAUCACAAUGUUUCAAAUGUUUACGUUUCGGUCAUGUGACUAAUAAUUGUAAAAAUGAUCCGGUUUGUCAUUAUUGUCACCAGAAUCAUGAAUCUAAUGAUUGUCCAGCUAAAGAUGAAAAUGGAAUCACCAAAUGUUAUAAUUGUGAUUGGAAGAACAAAAGUAUUCGAGGAAAUAAUAACAUCAUACCAAUUGAUCAUUCUGUCUAUAGUAAAAGUUGUCCACAAUAUGUUUUAGCGGAAAAAAGAUUGAAUGAAUCUAUUGAUUAUGGCCUUUAAUUCUUUAAAAAUUGUUCAGCAAAAUUUACAACAUAGCUUAAAAUCAACAUUAUCAUUUGUGGAUAACUCUGACAA